AUGCAUCCUGAGGAUCAGGAAAAAAUGGCAUUCCUCACUCCGAGGGGCACUUAUUGUUACAAAGUCAUGCCCUUCGGCCUGAAGAAUGUUAGGGCAACGUAUCAGAGGCUUGUGACCACCAUGUUUAAGGGGCAACUAGACCGUACCAUGGUGGUGUACAUCGAUGAUAUGGUGGUAAAGUCCAAAGAAAAGCAUGUCCACUUAGCCGACUUGACCGCAACCGUCGACAUCCUCCGAAAAUACAUAAUGAAACUUAACGCCUUAAAAUGCGUGUUCGGUAUCGGAUCUGGCACAUUCUUGGGCUAUAUUGUGAACUAUCGCAGAAUAGAGGCCAACCCGAAACAAAUUACAGUAAUCUUGGAACUUGGCUUCCCUCAAUCAGUCAAAGAAGGGAAAGCAUUCCUUUGGACCCUCGAAUGCCAAACCACCCUAGACGGCUUAAAAGCUUAUCUCCUUUCAAUAUCGCUCUUGAUAACUCCGUCGCCGAGUGACACACGCAUCCUGUACCUUGCGGUCUCAGAUCGUGCAAUCAGUGCCGUACUACUUAAAGAAGAGCUAGGAGAGCAACGACCCAUUUUCUACGUUAUACUUCACAGUGGGGAAUCAUCAGGGCGCGUCUCCAAAUGGGCGUUAGAACUCGGCCAAUAUGACAUCCAGUUCUCUCCUAGAACAGAUAUCAAGGAGCAGGUUUUGGCUGACUUCAUUGCUGAAUUUACUGGUCGUCACGCCGACUUAAAGCUAGAGCAACCGGCCUUCCAACCCCAACAAGAGUGGAGGAUGUGUGUUGGAGAUAUUUGGCAGAUGUACUGCGAUGGUUCAUUCAACCAGCGUGGUUGCGGGGCCGGAGUAGUGAUUAUGACUCAUGAGGGUGCCUUACAGGUUUUCUGUGAUUCAAAGUUGGUUAUCAAUCAAUUGAAGGGGAAGUAUACAGCUGAGAAUGACCGAAUAACAACAUACAUGAAGACGACAAACUCAUUACUCAUGAAGUUUGACCACCAUGAGCUGCAUCAAAUUACCCGCGACCAAAAUACCCAUGCAGAUGCUUUUGCUUGCUUGGCUUCUGUCAUCAAUUUGAAAGUUAAGCGGACUAUUGAGAUGGGAUUCGUCAAUAAGCCGAGUAUUGGUCUCCCGAAUUUCGUUUGCAUCAAUGUUAUUGACUUGGGGCUGAGUUGGAUGGAUCCAAUUACCGUAUUUUUAUCUUCACAAUAG